AAGGAGGAGGAGGUGACAUAAAAGAAAUGAAGAGGAAAUAGGGCGGAGAUAUCAGCAAUUGCUGAUGUGUGAGCAGCUUUAGAGCAAGUUGUUGUUUACUGUACUUUCAGGUUUCCUUUGCUGUGAAGCAGAAAUCCCUAACAUUAAAAGAAGACAUGUCUUCACCUCCCAAAGAGAAAACGGACGUCAAAGCUGGUCACCUUCCUGCUGUCAAAGCUGGUGGAAUGAGAAUUGUACAAAAGCAUCCACAUACUCCUCAUGUGGAACAAAAAGAGGAAAAGGAAAAAGAGGAAGAAAACUGGGAAAGUGGUUUUGUGCAACCAAAACCACCUUUGAUUAUCUCUGGAGCUGUUACGAGGGGCGAUAAGGAUUUUCCCCCAGCAGCUGCACAAGUUGCUCAUCAGAAACCGCAUCCUUCUGUGGAAAAGUUGCCUGCUUCACAUUGCAGUCAUCAUAUCCAUCAGCCCCGCAAGUGAAGACUCUGCAAAAAAGAAAAAGAGCUGCCGCUUCCAUUUGGAUUAGAUCCCUUCUGUGGCAUACACUAGAAAUUUACAAAAAAAUAUUCCUUGAUAAUUUUUGGGUUUCACCCUUUCGAUUUGGUAGCCAAGUGAAACUGUAUUCUGGGUGGGGCAUUGGUGUCUAGUACUGCCUACUCUUCCCAGCUCCAACUAAUACAGUGGUAGAACUGUCUUUUACUGACCGUUCUAACCCUUUAUGUGAGGUUCCAUACAAAUUUGUGCCAGGGGCCUCCCCUUCUUGUUUCUAUAGGGAACAGAAACAUUCCCAGGUAUACUAAAUAUAUGCUUGAAUUUUACUGUUCAUUCUAAAACUAUAUAAUCAAAACGAUCUACAUUGUAAUCUCCCAUGAUAUGUGGUUUGUAUAUCAAGCUGGCUUUUUUGAAAGUGGUACAGGUUGUUUUUGUUAAUUGAAGUUGUAUACCCUGAUAUACUGUUUUUUUACUUGAUUAUUCAUUGGGUUCUCUCUGAGGUCAAAUCACCAUUCAAAAUAUAUGUAUGAAGAAAUGCUGUAAAAUAUUUAACUCCAUGUAUAACUGUCCAUCUUUGACCUUAUUUUUGCACUAAAUACAUGUAAAUAACUAACCUUAAAGUUGGUUAACAAAUUCUUAACAAAACAUGUUCUGAAAUGUGUUUAUACAUUGUGCUAAUUAAAUCUUUAUUGAAUACUUGCAGGGUGAGUCAAAAGUCAGGAACCAUCUAAAUUGCUGUAAAAUGCCUAAAGUUAAUUUAAUUUCAAGCAAACUCACCAUUAUGUAAAUGACCAAUGAAUAUACCUGAGAUUUAUAUUACCCUAGUCAAAGUUGGCUUCUUGAAAUCAGUAGCAUAAAGCAUCUUGGAGGUAUUUAGGUGUUUUUGAAUUUAAAACUAUUCUUAAUUCAACCAUUCUUUUAAAUCCUCCAAGAUGGCUGCCUCGGUGAUUGUGAAGAGAUAAACAAACAUGGCCAUGAAUGAUGCACUAAAAUAAUGCAAGUAUAUAUGCACAUAUCCACUGAGAUGACCAAAUAUGAAGUUUUACAUCAGUGCUAACUACAUGGAACGAAAUACAUUUUUUUAUAAUUUGUUUUUCUGAAAGUUUGGCUAGUGUUAUGUAUAGUUUCUUUGCACCUCUAUGUGAAACCAUGUUGCUUACCACAGUUUCUCCUCCUUGGUACAGAAGCCAGUUUAGUAGUAUUAUUCUUUUCUUUCUCUAUUUCCAGAAGCUUAUGCUAAUGUUUUUGGAUUUGCUCAGGGAAUUGUUAAAAAGGAAUUAGCCAAUACAAAACUGGACAGACUCAGUGGAAGAUCAGUAAUAUUUAAAAAAGAAUGCCCCCUACAAUUUUAGUAACGUUAAAGUGCAUUUAAAUAAAUACUUUAGUUUAAAGUGGCUCCCCCCCCUUCCCAAAACGAGUAUUUUAUAAAGCUAAAAUCUUAAUAUACUCACAUGGACUGUGAUGGAAUUUAACUGAAAUUGUAUUCACAGUCAAAAUAUAUAAAAGACAUCUCAACUUGACAAAAGGCAGAGCAUCCACUGUGAAGUUUUGUCACUUCCUCCAGCCAUCACUAAUGAUGCAUGUGAGGAAAAUGGCAUUGUCUAUCAAUGCUCCCAGGGUCCUCCUUAAUCAUCAGUUUUGUAUCCUUGCGCAUGUGCGGGAUUACAGACCUCCAUAAACCAAACAGUGAUGUCGCCUUUGGGGGUCUUUCCAAAAUAUUCAAAAACCCCAGAAGGUGACAGAGCCUCUUUAAUUGUUUCAGUGGCAAUCAGGCUACAAAGAUUCAAAUUCAUUCUUGAUGUAGAUGUUUUGUGUAAGAAAAAAACAAUAAAAAAAACCUUAAUUGCUAGUGGAGUUUGCUUUUAAAAAGAGUGACAUUUAGUUUUUUCUCCUUGUGAUUUGUUCUUAAUUCAAUGGUGAAGCAUGUCCCUAAUGUUUAUAUAAUCUGUGGCUGCAAUUCUGAAAUACAAUUCUUAAUUGUUAUUUUUCUGUGAUUGUAUCUUUUAUCAUCAUGACAUAUUUUAAGUGACCAAAAUGGUUGCUAUAAUUUUUAAAGUUCCAAAAUAUGUUCUUGUAUAAGUUGUUUUCAUUACCAUAUACUGUAGGUGGGUACUAUACAUGUCUGCUAAUAGCCAUUAUGCAGCCAUGUGCCAUACAUAUCUCUCUUGUGCCAUAAAAGGUGCUAUACUCUUUCCCAAAUGUGUUAAAUUGUUAAAUUCUGUUAAAAACACAUUUACCGACUUUUUAAUUUCUUUGCUUAUAAAAAUUGUUAAAACAUAUUUUUAUUUUAGUAUAGCUUCAUAUAUUACUAGAAUAUUAAAAAUAUUAUAAUAUUUUAAAUGGAAACUGUCACACCAUACCUGGCUCUCCACUCCCCCGCUGCUAUCUCCUUACUGAGGUAGGUGUUACACCUCUGUAACACCCACCUCAAAUCUGCUAGCACAUUGUAAAAAUGGAAUUGCAAGCUCUUUUAAAAGAGCUUGUUUUUUUUUAGCCUUCACUGUUUCCUUUUUAUGAAGCUAAAAACAUCAUUAACAAUUUGUAGAAUAUAUGUUCUUAAACUUAAGCAAUUUAGUUUGUAGUUUCUUUGGCACGCCCUGAUGGCUGAAAAACAAUGAUGGGCACAAGUGUAUCUUCAAAGUAGGUACUAAAUUCUCAUUUAGAAUGAAAUAAAUUAUACUCUCCAUAUAAAAAAGUUAAACCAGUUUAGCCUUAUCAUUUUUUAAAAUAAAAAGUUAGAAUUAACAGACCAACACUUUAUCUAGAUAACCACAUAGGUGAGUCUAGGUAUCAAAUUCAGUUCUACUAUCCUAGAAAGUGAUAAAGAUUUCCCUUACAUAUCAUGAUCUUUCCUCAAUGCUAAAAUGCCUUGUCAAUUACAGUAACAUUAAAGAAGAAUCAUAUUGUAGUCAAGAAAAACAUUUUGCGCCCUUAACGUUUCAUAUCCACAAUUUUUAUAUAGUAUUAAAAUUUGAACUUUUGAUGCCUUAUUGGUAUGAGUAACUUGAUAUUUGGAUCUGAAAACCAAAUUAUUCUUACUAAAUUGUGUUAAUGUGCUAAUGUUGAUGCGAAGGCAGCUACUUGCUGUAACUAAAAACAUCUGUUUCCGUAGAUUGGUAGUGUUUUUGACACUAUUCCAAUACUUAGAAUAAAAUAUACACAUACUUAAUUUGUUAUUUGUUAUUUCUAAAAGCCUACAGAUUUUACAGGAUAUUGUUCAAUAAAACAUAUUUAAAAAUGCAUGCACAAGUUAAUAGUUUUGCCUUAUAUGUACUUUACUGAUUCCCUACAUCAGUGUUUCUCACCCUAUUACAGAGUACCCUUUAGGUCUAAAAGUACCCCUGCCUCUUAAAAGUAAUUUCUAUUGAUCUGAAUUCCAAAUGAAAUGUGUAACCGACGAUAUUUAAGUUAAUCCCAUAUUGGAGAACAAGCCUGAUUAAAGGUGAUAUAAUUGGAAUAUUGUGUAUGUAACACACUCACUAAUUUGACAGACACACACACAUUCUCUCACACAUUAUCUCACAUUCUCUCACACACAAACACUCACAAAUUAUUAUUUUUAUAUAAAUCCACCCAGCUUGCCUAACUUUGGGAGAGCUGGAAUGGAUCCUUUAAGUAGGGUUGUAGUGUGGCUGCUGUCAUCUUCGUGCUCAAUUACCACUGGUUCCUCGCGUGCUGUGUAGAUGCUAGGGCUGGAGGGAUGUCAUAACCUCGCUUCCGGGAUCACCAUAGAGCACGAGGGAGCAGUGCUGAAAGAGCACAGACAUCAGUGCUCCCUCGUAACCCAUCUUCAUUCUCCCCUCUGGAGCACAUUCGGGCAGAGUAGACAACUGUUGUCCAUGUAAUCAGGUUCCUACUCUACCUUAGCGCACAGCAUCCUGGCAAUACCCUGCUCUGGUGCAUGUUGGUUGAAAAACUGUGCCCUAUUUUACAAGGACAGAGAGAUAAAAAAUUUUAAAUCUUCGCUUUCCGACUUUCUGCUUAGUAGUUUUCAGGUAUUAUCCCAGGUUCUGGUACAUUACAACAAUAUUUAAAUGACCAGCUAAACUAAUAAAUCACAGCAAAACUAAAAAAAACAAGCAUGUUCCUUGUUUUAGUGUUCUAUCACUUGUAUUUUCCUUAUCUAGUUGACGAAUUAAUAUUUUCAUUACUGCACUAAAUAAAAGCAGAAUUGUUAAUAUACAUUUUCUCAGGAACCUAUAGUUAUGGGGCUUAUGGAAAAAGGGAAUUCCACAAAAACAAGAAAAAGUAAUCAAUUAACCCUUUACUGUAUCUUUUUUUGUUUUUUGAUAGUGCUUUUCUGAAGCAAUAACGAUGCUCACUCAAAUGUCUUCAUUAAAUAGGGAGUAUAUACUGAUGUACAUCGAAUAUCAGACUUUAUACUAAACUGACAUUUGUUUAUUACUCUCUGAAUUUAUGUAAAUUAAGAUCAUUUAGAAUUUUAUAGCCAGGUUUUUUUAAAGAAAUAAUUGCUUUGAUUUGAUGUUUUAAUUGAUGUCAUUAUUAUCUCUGGUAAAUCCAUAAACACCUGCACUUUUUAGCAACAAGUCUAUAUUCUUUAAUUGGAUCUCUUUAAUUAGAUGAAUGCAAAGUGGGCCUGCUUCAGACAUUUAUAGAUUUUGUUAUUAAUUUCAGAUUUUUUUAUUUAUUUAUCACAAAGGAUACUAUGGCAAACAAAUAGCACAUGAGUACUUUAUGAGCUGGGACCAUAUAUUCAAAAUAUAAGUGUAAAAUACUCAUAGUUGUAAAUAUGAUUUAAAUGUGGCGUGUUUUUCUUUUAAAUGUAAUUAUCUUAAAGGAACACUUUAGUUUAGAGGUAGGAAUACAAUGUAUUGCUAACUCUAUAGUUUUAUAGUACUUAUUCAGAUUUCUCGGCAACUCUAAAUUCAUUAAAUACGUUUUAUUAUUAUAAUAUUCCUUAGCGCUUUACAAUUAUAGAAUAGGGAUAACGGACAUACAAAAUAAGAGGCGACAAGUGAAGAAGGCCUUGCUCAAACAAGAUUACAAUCUAUGAUAUUUACCUUGUCACUAGGACUGAUACUCACUCUAUGCAGCCACCUGCUCUGCCUCCCAUCUCAUCUUACUGCUGUCUCCUCUUCAUCUUCUUGUUAAAUCCAAUGGUUCUCAUAAAGUAUCAACAAGUGCCGCACUUACCCAGUAAAAUGCUUCUCGUAGACAUCCUCGUUAAAUGUCCUCAUGCAAUGGAUGAGGAUGUCAAACAGGCUGUUUUAGUUAGGUGCGGAAGCAUCCUCUAGUGGCUGUCGGGAAGAGAGCCACUAGUGGGUGGGUUCUAUCCCUGCAACCAAAACAAUUCCAUACCUACAAAACAGCAAUGGUUUGCAUUGCAGGACCAAAACGACUGUGGCCUAUAGUGGUCCUUGAAAUAUAGUUACAGAUUUGGUCUCUCCUUAAAUGAAAACUGGUUUAUUAUUUAAAAUGUGUAUAGAUUACAGUAAAAUGCAUGUAAUCUUUAUAAGUAAUACCUGUUUUAGUGCAUCUUCUGAUUUACUAUUGGUCCAUGUGAAUGGAAAUCUUAAAAGCUUUUUAGUCGACAGCGCCACUUGGUCUAUCUCACCAAGGGCCAUGCAAAAUAAACUGCUAAAACCAGCUUACAAUGUGGUUGUGAGUUUUGUGAAAAUACACUAGCUCUCCAUUUCCUGUCUUAAGUAUGAUUAGAGAUGUUUCUAACCAAAGAGGAUAUACAUAUAGAGGCCACCCCAAGAUCCAAGGGUAAACCAGGAAAUUUACAGAAAAGAUCUAUAGACUUGUAUGUAUUUAUAAUAAA